UCUCUGUUGUGGAAAUUGCGGCCAGCAAUUCUACAGCCUUUUGCAGACGCCAUGCCAGAACCGUCCAAAUCCGCUCCAGCCGCGAAGAAGGGCUCCAAGAAAGCCAUCACUAAGGCGCAGAAGAAGGACGGCAAGAAGCGCAAGCGCAGCCGCAAGGAGAGCUACUCCAUCUACGUGUACAAGGUGCUCAAGCAAGUGCACCCCGACACCGGCAUCUCGUCCAAGGCCAUGGGCAUCAUGAACUCCUUCGUCAACGACAUCUUCGAGCGCAUCGCGGGCGAGGCGUCGCGCCUGGCGCAUUACAACAAGCGCUCGACCAUCACGUCCCGCGAGAUCCAGACGGCCGUGCGCCUGCUGCUGCCCGGCGAGCUGGCCAAGCACGCCGUGUCCGAGGGCACCAAGGCCGUCACCAAGUACACCAGCUCCAAGUGAGGCGCGAGCAAGCGGCCCCUCUCGAACCCAAAGGCUCUU